AUGGAGCAACUGACAACUCUCCCACGGCCUGGGAACCCAGGAGCCAUGGAGCCAUGGGCACUGCCUGCCUGGCAGAGCUGGACUCUAGGCCAGGGGGGUGAACCUGGGGAUGCAUCCCCAAGCGUUGCUGAUACUCCUUCGGCAGCUCUGCAGGUUAAAGAACUGAGGCUUGAAAAGAGUUCUGAGCCCAAAGGAGGCUGGAGCUCUGGGCCGAUGGGGGGCAUUGAUGCUGAAGGAGCAGAGGCUGAACUGCCUGGCCUGGGGCAGCAAGCAGCAAGCUCUGGAUCUGGCUGCCUGAGACUGGAGGAUGAGGCAGUGGAGGCUGUCCCUAAGGCCAAGCUGAACAUGAGCAUCAGGGACAGGCCCAAUCUGGAGCUGUUGAGGGCCCUGGGGGAGCUGCAGCAGCGCUGUGCCAUCCUUAAGGAGGAAAACCAGAUGCUGAGGAAGAGCAGCUUCCCCGAGACAGAAGAGAAGGUGAGGAGGCUGAAGCGGAAGAAUGCCGAGCUGGCGGUCAUUGCCAAGCGCCUGGAGGAGAGGGCCCGGAAGCUGCAGGAAACGAACCUGAGGGUGGUGAGUGCCCCUGUACCCAGGCCUGGGGCCACCUUGGAGUUGUGCCGGAAGGCCCUAGCUCGCCAGCGAGCCCGGGACCUCAGCGAGACUGCCAGUGCACUGCUGGCCAAGGAUAAGCAGAUUGCUGCCUUGCAGCGGGAAUGCAGGGAGCUGCAGGCCAGGCUCACCCUGGUGGGCAAGGAGGGUCCCCAGUGGCUCCACGUGCGGGACUUCGAUCGGCUGUUGCGCGAGUCCCAGCGGGAGGUGCUGCGGCUGCAGAGACAGAUCGCCCUGCGCAACCAGCAGGAGCGGUCCCCGCAGUCCCGGCCCCCAGCCAGAGUAGGGGCGCCGGCCCCCGGGGCCCCAGGAGAGGCCACACCCCAGGAGUAUGUGGACAACCCACUCGUGGUUCUAGGGGAGCCAGAGAAACAACAGAGGGUGCAGCAGCUGGAAUCAGAGCUCAGCAAGAAGCGGAAGAAAUGCGAGAGCCUGGAGCACGAAGCCCGGAAAAAGCAGAGGCGAUGUGAGGAGCUGGAGCUGCAGCUGAGAGAAGCCCAGAAUGAGAAUGCCCGCCUGGUGGAGGAGAACUCUCGGCUCAGUGGGAGAGCCACGGAGAAGGAGCAGGUGGAGUGGGAAAAUGUGGAGCUGAGGGGCCAGCUCCUGGGGGUGACACAGGAGAGGGACUCAGCCCUUCGCAAGAGCCAGGGCCUGCAGAGCAAGCUGGAGAGCCUGGAGCAGGUGCUGAAGCACAUGCGGGAUGUGGCCCAGCGGCGGCAACAGCUAGAGUUGGAACAUGAGCAGGCUCGGCUCAGCCUACGGGAGAAGCAGGAGGAAGUCCAGAGGCUGCAGCAGGCCCAGGCGGAAGCCAGGAGGGAACAUGAAGGGGCCGUGCAGCUGCUGGAGUCUACCUUGGAUUCCAUGCAGGCCCGGGUUCGAGAGCUUGAGGAGCAGUGCCGCAGCCAAACUGAGCGCUUCAGCCUCCUGGCACGGGAGCUCCAGGCCUUCCGCCUACACCCUGGCCCCUUGGAUCUGCUCACCUCUGCCCUGGACUGCGGGGCCCUUGGGGACCACCCACCACCCCACUGUUGCUGCUCUACUCCCCAACUCUGCCGGGGGUCUGGCCCCAAAGACCUUGACCUCCCGCCGGGCUCCCCAGGGCGCUGCACCCCAAAGUCCUCUGAGCCUGCGCCUGCUACCCUUACUGGAGUCCCUCGAAGGACAGCUAAGAAGGCAGAGUCUCUCUCUAACUCCUCACGCUCCGAGUCCAUCCACAACAGUCCCAAGUCAUGCCCCACACCUGAGGUGGACACAGCCAGUGAGGUGGAGGAACUGGAGGCAGAUAGUGUCUCCCUGCUCCCAGCAGCACCAGAGGGCAGCCGGGGAGGAGCGAGGAUCCAGGUCUUCCUAGCACGCUAUAGCUACAACCCCUUCGAGGGACCCAAUGAGAAUCCAGAGGCAGAGCUUCCACUGACAGCUGGCGAGUACAUCUAUGUCUAUGGCAACAUGGACGAGGAUGGCUUUUUUGAAGGGGAGCUCAUGGAUGGCCGAAGGGGCCUGGUCCCUUCCAAUUUCGUAGAGCGUGUGUCUGAUGACGACCUCUUGACCUCCCUCCCUCCGGAGUUGGCCGAUUUGUCCCACAGCUCAGGCCCUGAGCUCAGUUUCCUGAGUGGAGGUGGGGGUGGCAGCAGCAGUGGGGCCCAGAGCAGCGGGGGACACAGCCAGUCCAGACUGGAGGAGGAGGAUGCAGGAGACGAACUCAGUCUGAGCCCCACACCAGAGGGCCUGGGCGAGCCUCCUGCUGUGCCUUACCCCCGCCGCCUGGUGGUCCUCAAACAGCUGGCCCACAGUGUGGUGCUGGCCUGGGAGCUGCCUCCCGAGCGAGUGGAACUACACGGCUUCCAUAUCUGCGUGAAUGGGGAGCUGCGGCAGGCCCUGGGGCCUGGGGCGCCCCCCAAGGCUGUGCUUGAGAACGUGGACCUGCAGGCUGGACCACUCCGUGUUUCUGUCCAGGCCCUGACCAGCCGGGGCAGCUCCGACCCUCUGCGCUGUUGCUUGGUGGUGGGUGCUCGGGCCAGACUGGUACCCAGCCAGCUGCGAGUCCAUCGGUUGACAGCCACAUCUGCAGAGAUCACCUGGGUGCCCAGCAAUAGCAACUUGGCCCAUGCCAUCUACCUCAAUGGGGAAGAAUGCCCACCUGCCUGCCCUAGUACCUACUGGGCCACCUUCUGCCACCUUCGUCCUGGCACACCCUAUCAGGCCCGAGUAGAGGCUCAGCUCCCACCCCGAGGGCCCUGGGAACCAGGCUGGGAGCGACCAGAGCAGCGGGCUGCCACCCUGCAGUUCACCACACUCCCAGCAGGCCCACCAGAUGCCCCCCUGGAUGUACAGAUUGAGCCAGGGCCCUCCCCUGGAAUCUUGAUCAUCAGUUGGCUCCCAGUCACCAUCGAUGCUGCUGGUACCUCAAAUGGUGUCCGUGUCACAGGCUACGCCAUCUAUGCUGAUGGGCAAAAGAUCAUGGAGGUGGCCUCCCCCACAGCGGGCAGCGUGUUGGUGGAGCUGUCCCAGCUGCAACUGCUGCACGUGUGCCGCGAGGUGGCUGUGCGCACCAUGUCACCCCAUGGCGAGUCAGCCGACUCCAUCCCAGCUCCCGUUGCGCCAGCCCUGGCUCUGGCUUGCCUGCCAGCCCAGAUCUCCUGCCCCUCGCCACGACCAAGCCCAGAGGCCAGACCACCCCUUGCUACAGCCUCCCCAGGGCCUGAAAACCCGAGCCCUCCUCCCCAGCUCUCUGUCCCCCGUGGAACUCAAGAUCCCCCAGGAGGCCCCCCAGCAAGCCCUCCCAGAGAGACACCGAAAAGAUCCCAAGAGGAACCUCCAGCACCUUGUGCCCAGGAGGCAGCGGGGGCAGCUGUGCUGGGUGCCUCGGAGGAGAGGAGAGGUCUCGAGCCAGCCCAGGGGGAGAGGGCCCCUGGCCCUGCCGCUCCCUCACUGGCUGAGCAGGAGGCCGAAUGGACUAAAGGAGAGGCCCGCCCGGCACCUUGCUCCACCCAGGCAGUGGUGGCUCAGCAGGCACCGAGCCUUGAGGCUUGCCAAGGAGGAGACACAGGGUCUGGGCUGAGGCCCAGAGCUGAGAGGGAGGAUGCAUCAGAGCUCAACACUCAUCCGGUGAACUCCCUUGUGGACCACAGCCGAAACUCAGACCUGUCUGACAUCCAGGAGGAGGAAGAGGAGGAGGAAGAGGAGCUGGGUUCCCGGACUUGUUCCUUCCCGAAGCAGGUUGCUGGCAACAGCAUCAGGGAGGAUGGGGCCAAGCCCCAGCCUGACCCCUUUUGUGAGACUGACAGCGACGAGGAGAUCUUGGAGCAGAUCCUGGAGCUGCCCCUCCAGCAGUUCUGCAGAAAGAAGCUUUUUAGCAUCCCGGAGGAGGAGGAGGAGGAAGAAGAGGAGGAAGAGGAGAAGCCGGGGGCAGGCUGUUCUUCCCGAGACCCUGGCCUACCUGAACCUGUGUUGCUGGGGCUGGGCUGUGACAGUGGUCAGCCCCAAGGACCUGGCCAGUGUCCCUUGUCUCCUGAGCCAUCCAGGGCUGGGGACCACCUGGAGGACAUGCCUGGGCUAGUUGGUGGAAGUGGCCGGAGGAGAGGAGGGGGUUCCCCUGAGAAGCCCCCAAGCCGCAGGCGGCCUCCAGAUCCCCGCGAACACUGCAGCCGACUUCUCAGCAAUGGCGGGCCCCAGGCUUCUGGACGACCAGUCCCCAUGCGGGAGAGGGGUGGCCUCCCUGUGGUUGAGGGCACCAAGGGUGGACUAGAGGCUGGUGGGAGAGGGCGGCCAGGCUCUUCUCGGAGGUGCCCUCGUGGCCAGGCCCUGGAAUCUGGGCUAGCCAGUUGCCUCUCCCCCAAGUGCCUGGAAAUCAGCAUUGAAUAUGAUUCGGAGGAUGAACAGGAAGCAGGCAGCGGGGGCAUCAGCAUCACCAGCUCCUGCUACCCUGCAGAUGGGCAGUCCUGGGGCACAGCACCUGUAGGAAGGUCCAGGGGGCCUGUGAAGGUCAAUUCAGGCCCCAACCCCUACCCUUGCCUCCCAGCCUGGGAGAAAGGGGAGCCAGAACGGAGAGGCCACAGUGCGAUGGGCAGAGCCAAGGAGCCACCCUCCCGGCCAGCAGAGACUGGAGAGCCCAGAGGGCAGGACAGCUCUGGGAGGAGGGGCCCCCAGAGGAGAGGGUCCCGAGCCCCCAGGCCAGGCACCACCGAGCUAGCCUUCCCAAGGACCCCCCAAGAAGUGCUGGCUCACCAGGACCUACCUGCCAGGGUCUUUGUGGCACUGUUUGACUAUGACCCCGUGUCCAUGUCACCCAACCCUGAUGCUGGAGAAGAAGAGCUUCCCUUCCAGGAGGGUCAGAUCCUAAAGGUGUUUGGGGACAAGGAUGCCGAUGGCUUCUAUCGGGGUGAAAGUGGGGGCCGAACAGGCUACAUCCCCUGUAAUAUGGUGGCUGAAGUGGCUGUGGACAGUCCUGUGGGGAGACAGCAGCUGCUCCAGCGGGGUUACUUGUCUCCAGAUGUUCUCACUGAAGGCUUAACCCGCGUAACUGGGCCUCCUCCCAAGCCCCGUCGCUCCAAGAAAGCUGAGCCUGAAGGCCCUGCCCAGCCCUGUCCAGCCUCCCCCAUGCUGAUCCCCUCUGUUGACUUAAAAGCUCCCCGCUCCAUGGUGGCUGCAUUUGACUACAACCCCCGGGAGAGCUCCCCCAACAUGGACGUGGAGGCAGAGCUGCCCUUCCGGGCAGGGGAUGUCAUCACUGUGUUCGGGGGCAUGGACGACGAUGGUUUCUACUAUGGGGAAUUGAAUGGACAAAGAGGCCUGGUUCCAUCCAACUUCCUGGAGGGCCCUGGGCCUGAGGCAGGAGGCCUGGACAGGGAGCCCAGGACACUCCCAGCUGAGAGUCAGAGAACGAGGAGGAGAAGAGUCCAGUGCUAGAUGGAGAUAGAUAUAUGUAGAGAGAGCAACAUGACUGGGCCAGCACAACACAGAGGCUGCUGGUGCACCCAGGCUGGCCCUGUGCCCCCAGCCCUGGCAGCCUCCCCAGGAUUGAUCUGGGGGAGCCACAGAGCGCAAGCGAGAAGGUGCAGGGCCUCCUUUCCAAGGGGAAGCAACUCCUCAAGAAACUGGGCUCUAGGAAGGAGUGAAACUAUGGCCCACCCUGCAGGCAGAAGCAACCAGAGGCCUACAGAUGCCUUCAGGGCACUGUCCUGGCUGAGCAGUGAGGGUUCCUUCUGGGCCCUGAAUUCCUGUUGUUGUGAGUUAACACUGUGGCACUUGGAUGGGAAUCAAAGAGACUUGGUGACGGUCAGAGCUGGAUGAGUCCUUAGUGAUGAACCCUCUAGAUGGGCACCUUCCUCUUACAGGAGGGGAAACUGAGCCCUAUAGAGAGUGAGUAACUUGUCCGAGGUCUGGACACAGGGCUUCUGCCUCCUUGUCCACCACCUUGCCUCCUCCUGGCUCCUGCCAAACUUUGCUAGACCCUUCUUUGGCCCUCCGCACUUCCAGGAUGAGGACCCUGGAGGGAGAAAAGGGCCUGUCCCCUCUGAUACUCUGGCUGUCCUAAUCACGUCUUCCCUCCCCUGAAAGUUUGCACUGGAUUCUCCUGGAGCCUCCUCCCCAGGGGGCAGGCGGGAGCCUUGUAUAUAUGUACAUACUCAGUGCCUCAGCCCAGCUUCCUCCAUCUCGCUUCCACCGCACAGGCGGGGAGGAGAAAGGCCGUGCCAAAGCAGGCCUCACCCCGCCCCAUCGUGCUCCACCCCUCCCUGCCAGGCCUCCUGGCCCCAGUGUGGUCCCUGCCCCAAAGACCCAGGGGACCAGUGGGCAGAAAGCAGGAGUUGGGUUUGCCUUAUUUUGCUCAUUGGAUUCAACCUCUCUUUUGCAUCAUUUUCCUCUGGCCCCUGUCAGAGUCCAGGGCUGGGGAAAAGGACAGAUUUAUGAAGCUAUUUUCAUACAUUCCCUGUUCAGAGUGGGUGGGGUUCUCCACCCUUCCCUUAACCGCCCCAUGCCCCGCCCCCUGGCUGGGUGAGAGUCUCUGUGCAUGUUUCCUUUGCUGUGGUGGGAGAUUGUUUGAGCCCCCACCCCACCUUGGUCUCCAGGGGUAUGGAAUGGUGGGGGCAUUUGUUUAAAAAGACAUUUUAUUAUAAUAAAGUCUAUUUUCAUAAAAUCUA